AGCUACUAGCCGAGUCCAUUUUCAAUUGAACAUUGCAACGAGGCACGUAAAGAAGUAUAGUGUGGUUCCAGAGAAUCUCCUAGUUUCCAUGUCUUAACGAGUUUUAUGGUACCCGCCGCAACCAUCGAAGCACAGUCCGAGUCGAACAUGACGCAGUGCCAGACUUACGACUCUACUAUGUUUUGAACAUUAUAGCUUCCAGAACUAACCCAAAAUUCUAUUCUUGCUGAGCUUGACAGACUAGAACUUGGAGAGUACAAAAAGAUGAUGCCAACCUCCGACUUUUGGCGUAUGCUUGAAGGCAGAUCGGAGGCUCUGGAGACUCAAGAGUGAGAGCUUGAGGGAUUGCCAGAUCGAGAGCCAAUUCCAAGAUCGGAAAGUUAUACCGAUUACCAGAUCGAUCACGGUCUUGAAGUACUAGGUCCUCUUGGCUCACUUUUUUCUACCGGCCAGUCCUCAGCCGGGUUGUGGCUCUCAUUCGCAGGCUCGACGUCGAAGACGACGAGGGAACAUAGCGUAUGGACCAGUCAACUUUGCCCGCAUCCUGGCGCUCCCGAUCAGCGGCAGUCCUUCCUCUUGCGUUCCUCCAAUCACUUGCAUUCGGUUUUAUCGAGCUCCCGGCAAUCUAUCUCUUCCGUGAGUUAGAAUGUGAACGGUAUGCUUCAGGGCUGCCUCCACAUCUACCGGAAGACGAUAUUUGUAGGGAUCCUGCCGUGCAAAAGGCAUAUUCUAUUGAUGUCGCUAUCUACCUUGCCCUCUCCACUAUCUGCAGCAUAGCUGUAUCGGGGCCUUUCGGUAGACUCUCGGACAUGAGAGGCAGAAAAAUCGUCAUGUCGAGCGCUGCUUGCUUGAAUGCAAUCGGCGACUUCUGGCUUUUCUUAUCAGCUUUAUUGCCAGCCAUUCGUAACCCGUACUCAUUGAUGUUAUCCGCAUUCAUCAAAGGGAUGGGAGGGAGUUUCUCAGUCGUCCAGGCCGCCCAAUCUGCUUUUGUUGCGGACACAUCCUCGAGCACAACGCGAUCAUUCUAUCUGGGCCUCGCAUUGGUCAUGUUCUGGAUCGCGAGCGCAAUCGCACCUCUUGGGGUUUCUUUCCUUCUCCGUGAGGAUCAUUACGCCGCAUGCUUCGGAAUAGCUUCCGGCUGCUGGAUCAUUUACUUGCUGUAUUCCGUAUUUAUCAUACAGGAAACCCGGGUACCGUCCGGUCAGAAGAAUGAUCAAGCAAAUCAAACAGCUACACCUACUUCACAGAAUGAAAACAUUUCUCAACCAGAGCCACGAAGAGCAUUCUUCCAAUCUCUGACCGAGCCUUUGGUCUUUAUCUUCAGAGAUCCCACUCUCAGAUGGCUAGCACUUACCACGCUUUCUAUGCUGAUUGCGAUUGGGGCUUUCAGUGUCUUGGUGGUGUACUGUGACUUCAUGUUUGGCAUGCGUGCAAGCGAGGCCGGGAUUAUUGCAUCAAUUAUGUCUAUGGCACGCGCGUUCUCCGUCUUAUGCGUUCUACCAGCAUUCCUCGCAUUAUACCGCAAAUUAUAUGCCAACAGGGUGUACAAACUCAAUAAUACCACACAUUCCAACGGGGCUUCUGAGACUUCUCCCCUUUUGGCAGAGCACGAUACCCAAGCCUCCCAAAACAAUACCCCUUCGACCGAUCAAACCUCAGCUUCAGCCGCUCAAGAACUCCUCGUCGCCCGUGUAUGUUUCCUGAUCGACGCUGUGGGCAUGAUUCUCAUUUCGCUUAGUCGCAACCCGGCGGAAAUCAUGAUCUGUAAGCAACGACAUUGGGAGCAUUAGGUGCACCCGCUGCACCAUCCGUACAAGCCCUAGUCACGCUCGCCGCGUCGCCUUCAGAAGUCGGACGGGUUCUUGCCGGAUUCUCCAUCAUCGAAUCCGCGGGUGUGGCUCUCCGCAACCCCAUCCUAUUUGGUACCUAUGGUGCAACCUUGGAAGUCGCACCGAAAGCUAUUUGGUAUUUCGCAUCCGGUUUAUUCGUGUUCUGCGCUUUCACAGUGAUGUGGUUAAAACCUGCUAGAUUCAUCAAGAAAAAGGUGACGGAUGGAGAUGUUGCCGACAAUCAUCAAUAAAAAUGUAAUAGUAUGGAAACUUGGUGAAAUAGAGUGCUGAGAUUGUAAUUCAUUGACGCCAUUGCUAUCAAACUCGUCAAUGGUCUUAGGCACAGCUACGUGGCCCUUAAAUUUCUGAUCCUUCAAGUGAGGCACGGAGAGGUGGGUGAUAAUGGUCGUCUUUGACGUGUCCGGUUUGAAGGCCUUUUGCCUCGACCAACUUCCGUCACUGAUGUAAUUUGCGAGAGCAUGCGGUUGGAUAUAAUGUGCAAACUUCGAAGGUUGAGGACAACAAUGAAAAACCAUACUGAAUAGUUGGCCCUC